UUUUGUUUUCAAGAGAAUUCAAAAUGAGGUUUCAUAAAUAUCUUGUAUAAUUAUCUGGUCGGAGGAUUAGUGGUGUGGUAUAUUGCCUACCUGGAGUACAAAGAUGAAGAUAAUGUAGGAUGAGCUGGGUUGCAAACUAUAGACCCUCCUGAGACCAGGAGACAUGAAACAUGAACCAUUCUCAACCUUAAACCCUGUGCUACACCUUACUCCGGUAGGCGGAGGUUAACACUGGAUAUAUCGGACCUCCGGAGAUACCUUAAAAUUCAGUAGAUUGUAGAUAUUCUUUCAUGCGGUUACAUUGUCCGUCAUAUUGUGUACAGUGAAUACUUUCCGGCUUUUCAUGUAGUGACAAGGAACAGUUUUAAUAGUGAAGAAGAAUUAUAGGAAACCCUUGAACUUGUAACUCUGAAACCUCUACACCUGUAAAACCUCAAAUACACUUGAAUACACUUGAAAGAGGAAACCUCUAAGACCAAACAAGUGAUGUGAACAUGAUGAGAAGUAAAAACCAAGUUGAGAAAAUUACUCCUGAAUCUUGCUCAGACUAGAGAUGAAACCUAGAGAGAACCCAACUAGUAGACUGUCUAGUCCAACCAGGGUAGAACCAUGUAAUACAGGUCUGGAUACUGUUCCUAGAAAUCUGCCUGGUUUAGCUAUGAACUUCAGGCAACGGGUUCAGCAUCAAGGUAGUUUAACUACUCCUCUACCUGGGCCGGUCAGGCAGGGCAGCUUGUCUAACCAGGGGGGCGGAGGAUCCAGGAUACGCCCUACUAGGCAGGCUAGCCAGUGGUCUCAGUCCCCACACUUCUCCAUGUCUUUAGCAGUUCCAGGACAUGGAGCCCAUACACCAUCUCGUAGAUCCACCUGGGUUAGAUCCUAUGAGAAUGGUUGGGCUGGCAACUCAAUAUCUUCAUUAAACAGCAGGUAAGUCAGAUAGAACCUCCGCUAUAAAGAGAUAUGCAGAUUGCCGGGACGGAAAAUCCCCAAACACAUAUGAAUUAAGUGAGUACUGAAAAUUCGUCAUUCAUCUACGAGGCAUUCAUUCGUUAAGAUAAUUAUACAUUUAAUAAAAAUUUAAUUUAAUUCGACGAUUCUGCAAUGAAAAUUUGAUAAAAAAUAAAUUUUUAA